AUGGGCGCCGUGGACCGACCGGGCCCGAAAUCUGCUGGUACCAUCGGCGCCGUAGAUAACCCAAUCCACUCGGCUAGCCCCUCCGACGACGCUUCUCCCGACUUUUCUCGCCGCCCGCCUACUUCUGUUUCUUUCCCGCAGCCCCAGACCAGACUGUCCCGCCGUCCCUCUCAAUCGUCCUCAUUGCCCCUCGCCAAUUCCUUCGCCACCAGGAAGGGCCGCUCUGUUGAGCCCGGUACCUCGGACAUCCACGCCCGCCGUACCAGCUGCUCCAUCCCACCACCCUCGUCCACAUCCCUAAGGAGCCCGAGAUCGGUACUCACCCGUACCCGUGGGGAGUCUACGGCCUCAGACGCCUGGAGCGAAGACCUGGCACUAGCCGACUCCCAGCAAGCCCUUGGCAACGAUCCCCACCUGCAUAAUCGCUUGUCCGCCACCACCGACAACUUUCACACCGUCUUGCCGGAGCCUCUGCCAAAUUCGAAGUCUUCCUCCUCUGAUCCCCAGACCAACAGGCUCUCGGGAAACUCACUCUAUUCCCUAGCCUCAGCCCGCGGCGUCAUCACACCCUCAUCCUCUGGGCACGGAUCAGAAUUUGGGACACCUCCUCGCUCAGUGACUGGUUUUAUGCCCCCGUCCAAGAGCAUCGGGCAAUCCCAAUCCGAAGCUGGAAUCUCGAACGUCACCGUCACCACCUCUUCAACCGCUCACUCGAACCAACCAGGCGGGGGAUACCAUCACCUGGCCCCGCGUGAUUCUCAUUCACAGUCACUGGACUUGAGAAGACGAUCCCACCGCGCCGAAACAAUGCAAAAUAGCACGCCCAACCUGCGCUCCCAGCCCGACCGGUCCCGCAGUCGGGCCAAGAGGCGGUUCAGCGGGAGCACCGCAACAAGCAGCCACAGCCCAAGCAGUGAUCGGGGCCCUCAUCACCGCGAGAAGGAAGACGUUAAACCGGCACGCUGGGGCGUCAUUGGCGUCUGUGCGCUUGAUGUCAAGGCGAGAAGCAAGCCCAGCAGGACCAUCCUGAACAGGCUCAUCGCCAAUCGCGAAUUUGAUGUCGUCGUUUUCGGCGACAAAGUCAUUCUUGACGAAGAGGUUGAGAAUUGGCCCAUAUGCGACUACCUCAUCUCCUUCUACUCCGACGGCUUCCCUCUCGAUAAAGCCAUUGCAUACGUCAAGGCGCGCAAGCCUUUUUGUGUCAACGAUGUGCCUAUGCAGCAGAUCCUCUGGGAUCGCCGCGUCUGCCUGCAUUUGCUCGACAAAAUCCAGGUCCGCACACCGAAGCGCCUGGAGGUGAGCCGUGAUGGCGGCCCUCAGAUGCUCACCCCGGAAGUGGCCAAGCACAUCAAGGAUAUAUCUGGCGUCACCUUGGAACCUGUCGACCCGAAAAAUUUCGUACCUCCCCGCAAGGUAGAAUUGCUCGAAGACGGCGAUGUUCUAAGUGUCGAUGGCCAGCUACUAAAGAAGCCAUUCGUAGAAAAGCCAACCAGCGGCGAGGACCAUAAUAUCAUCAUCUACUUCCCCAAGAGCGCCGGUGGCGGCGCACGCAAGCUCUUCAGAAAAAUUGGAAACAAGAGCUCCGACUUCAUCCCUGAACUUACCGUUCCCCGAGCGAUAACCGAACCCAACAGCAGCUACCUUUACGAAAGCUUUAUGCAGGUCGAUAAUGCCGAAGAUGUCAAGGCAUAUACUGUCGGACCCAGCUAUUGCCAUGCGGAAACUCGGAAGAGCCCUGUUGUUGACGGAGUCGUCAGAAGGAACACGCACGGAAAGGAAUUGCGCUAUGUCACUGCGUUGAGCGCCGAAGAGAAAGAAGUAGCAAGCAAGAUCUCAACCGCAUUUGGUCAGAGAGUGUGUGGCUUUGAUCUCUUGCGUGCAUCCGGUAAGAGUUAUGUGAUUGAUGUCAAUGGUUGGAGCUUCGUCAAGGACAAUGACGAGUACUAUGACCAUUCAGCAAGCAUUCUCAAGGAUAUGUUCAUCAAGGAGAAGCUUCGUCGUGGCGGUGUUACUCCGCCCAUUCCCUCACCUGCCCCGUCAGAUACAGACCCCUUCACGCGUGCCUCCAACGCAUUCAAGGAUCGCGAGCAAGCCCAUAUCCCAGCCACGAAUGGAAAUAGGAACUCAACCAUGUCAACCAAUGGGGCCGAUACUCAAAGCAUCGAUUCAUCCCGACGCGUUCCCAGCGGGACUGCAUCCCCUUUCCCUACGGACAGCAGCCUACCGUCGAAAGCCCAAGGGUCAACUACACACCUGCCACCCCCUCUGGACCUGUCGAUCCCUGGAGCAGUAUCUACAUCUCCUGCCACCCAACAAUCCUCGACUUCCACGGACCCACCUCCCUCGGAAUCGCAGGAAGACAGCAUGCCAGCUCCACCGCCCCCGAAGCAUUCUUGGAAAUUGAAGGGCAUGGUGUCUGUGAUUCGACACGCAGACCGCACGCCAAAGCAGAAAUACAAAUUCACAUUCCAUACGGAGCCAUUCAUUGCACUUCUUAAGGGCCACCAGGAAGAAGUGCUGUUGAUUGGCGAGGCCGCGUUGGCAAGUGUGAUACAAGCUGUCGAUGUGGCAUUCCAGGAAGACAUUGAGGAUCGAUCAAAACUUCGAUCUCUUCGCAAUGUCCUAGUAAAAAAAGGUAGCUGGGCGGGCACGAAGGUUCAAAUCAAACCGAUGUUCCGCAAGAAGAAGACCGAGCUCGUACCAGUCGUGGCUGAGAUGCCGGACUUGACUGAGCAUGUGGAGUCUACCGUGGUGGAGGAUGAGGGCAAUUUGUCUUCCAAGGAAGAACCACAUCGAGCUCCCAAGCGCCACGAUUCACUCUCCGGCAUGACUAUGUCCAAGUUCACGGCGGCGGAGGAGAGCCUAGUCCUGGAUAAGCUGCAGCUUAUCGUCAAGUGGGGAGGAGAGCCAACGCACUCGGCACGAUACCAAGCCCAGGACCUCGGCGAAAGCAUGCGCAACGAUUUGAUGCUGCUGAACAGGGACAUUUUGGACGAGGUCCACGUAUUUAGCAGCUCCGAGCGACGUGUAACGACGAGCGCACAGAUAUGGGCCGCUUCCUUUCUCGACAAGAAGGAUAUUCCCGAAGACCUUAUCACGAUCCGCAAGGACCUUCUAGAUGACUCGAAUGCCGCAAAGGAUGAGAUGGACAAGGUCAAGAAAAAGUUGAAGGGGCUUCUGCGCAAGGGCAAUGAGCGACCGGCCCAAUUUGCCUGGCCGGAAAACAUGCCCGAGCCGUCCGAGGUGCAGACACGAGUUGUGCAGCUGAUGAAGUUCCACCGUCGUGUCAUGCACUACAACUACGGCAAGCUAUACAGCGGGGCUGUGACUUCUCUCAAUGCCAUUUCUAACCCGAGCACCGAGAAGUUGGCCGGAGACAGUUUGAGUUCGUCCAUCUCAUCGUCCAUCUCACAUGCCAACGCCGUUAACAACAUUCAAUCCCGGUGGUGUUGUGGUGAGGAUGCGGAGCUGUUCAAGGAACGCUGGGAAAAGCUCUUCGCUGAGUUUUGCGACGGCGAUAAGGUCGACCCUAGCAAGAUCUCGGAACUCUAUGAUACAAUGAAGUUCGAUGCCCUACACAAUCGCCAGUUCCUGGAGUGGGUGUACACCCCGCCCAGUCACAUGCUAGAGGAGUACGGUUACGCGAUUACGGAGGCAAAGCCCAAGGUAUCAGAAGACAGCAAGUACUCGGAGGACCUCAAGUCGGAGAAGGCCCAGAACCCAUCGCCUGAUGGCUCGGACAAAGUCGACAUGGGAAGCCGAUCUGCCUCGGUCAAAAAACUUUUCAGGCGACGGUCCUUUCUCAACAACCUGCGGCACUUUCACGAGGAGUCACCGCCGGAGCAAUACUUCCGACUCUACAAAGGCACAAACCAAAGUACCGCUAAGGUAGACGCACGGAAUGAGCCGUUGCAGGAGCUUUACCGGCUUGCGAAGAUUCUAUUCGAUUUUAUCUGCCCCCAGGAGUACGGUAUUUCGGAUAGCGAGAAGCUCGAGAUAGGCCUGCUUACAUCACUGCCGCUCCUCAAGGAAAUUGUUCAAGACUUAGAGGAGAUGCAGGCAUCCGAUGAUGCCAAGUCGUUCUUCUACUUUACCAAGGAGUCGCACAUUUAUACGCUGCUCAACUGUAUCAUUGAGGGUGGCAUUGAGACCAAAAUCAAGCGAAGCACGAUCCCGGAGCUUGACUACCUCUCCCAGAUCAGCUUUGAGCUCUACGAAUCAGAGACUAAGACAACCGUACACGGUUGUCCAGAUGACGAGCCCACCUUCACGUACAGCAUUCGCAUUACCAUCAGCCCAGGUUGCCACGUCUUCGAUCCCCUGCAUGUCCAGCUAGACAGCCGACAUUGCAUCGGAUACGCACCCAGACGGAGCUUGACGCCACACGCGGAUUGGCUACAGGUUAUCAAGACACUCCGGGCCAAAUUCAACCAGGUCAAACUGCCCAAGACAUUCCUGGCGGUGAACCUGUCUGAUGCUUUCACAUUUGAGGAGAACGAGCGACAGGGAAGCGACAAUGAUGUGCUUGAGAUGAAGGUAGCAGCACAUAAGCACUUCGGGUCCGAAUCGACCAGGCCGAAUGCGGACAAUGAUAUUGUCAUGGGUAAUGGAAUCGAGGAUAACAAGGAGGCCAAUCCUUAA